AUGGGCUCCGUGCAGGAAGAAAAGCCUCCAGCUGAGACGCCGACGAAGCCCAACAUUAGAGAGCUGAGAAACACAGAAUUAGUAUCAAGAUUAUUGGCAGCCACCCCGCCGUAUCUAUACAGCGCUUUGCCCCUUCAACCCCACGCGUUUUUCUUCAGUGAAAUGCUCAGGUCGUUUGUCAAUGCACGCCACGGAUGUCGUCCGCCGCACUAUCAUCGCCGCUUCAAGCGCAGAUCUCAUAAAUACUUCGCUGAAAACGAAAAUGAGUGGCGCAGAGACGCGAGGGAGUGGCAGAAGCCUGAGGAAGAGAAGAAAGAGCAAGAAACGCGGCCAGAAGUUCCACUGGAACUAACGGUCGAGAAACAACAGCGAGGCCGUGAACCCUCGCCGAGGAGGUCUCCGAAGUUGGAGAAGUCUAGUGGAAGCCCUGGUCCACCUGGAAGACAUACGUUCGUUGAUGUUGGCAUGGAGGAGCUCCCGAAACCCUCUCCGUGUGUCGGACGGACCCCGACAGACCCUGGCGCGGCUGUUCCACCAUCAAACCUGAUCCUCCCUCCCCCACCUCCGAUGUGGUACCCCCCACUUUACAAUCCACAAUUCGGAGUAGACCCGCUGAACUUUUUCAUAGAUCUACGUGUUUCUGGUCAUAUUUACGACAGGAAAAGAGCUCUAGCAGAAGGCAUUGAUACUAAUAUCAAUCAAGAAGUAAGGCCAGAUGAUUCGAAUGUAGACAAAAGACUCGGAAGGGAUUUCGGUCAAAGACCCAGACAUUUAUCAGCAUUUUCUGUGCCUGUUCGAUCUGGGAACAUAUCUGUAGAUGGUCCCGAUAGGUAUUUCGAUCAGACUGGCGUUAAGAGCGGGAAAGUAAAUGGUACUUCCUACAUAAUGAGGAAUUUGAAACGUGUUUACGAACAUCUGCAUUCGAACGAAAAAGACAGUACUAAGAGCAAAGACGAUGACGCCAAAGCUGACUCGGAAGUUGAUGAGGACGUUAUAGACUGA